AUGUAUUCAGACCCUGCAAACCCACCGUCUCAUCGAAAACGUCUUCUCAGUACGCUUCCUCACUAUCUAAUCCAGCCUCGAAAAUUCGCCGGAUUCACUGCAUCGUUCGAAGUGGAAACUGGAGUGAGACAAUGGGACGCGGAAGAACCAUUUCCGUUCAACCUUGCCGUCGAUGACAUAAUGCGGAGAACAGUUAGACAGUGCCCUGCCGAUGUCAUUUUAGCUCCUUCUUCACGUCACUGGGUCGACCUCGAGUAUGCCGACGAUGUAGUAAUAUUCAGCUUAAGCAGCGCAAAAUUGCAAAUCGCCGUGGUUCCUGUAUCGUACUAA